AUGUCCUGUCGUUUUUGUUCAGUUUCUGGUGUUCAAAGCCUUUCUUCAAGCGUGCAAAGCACUCCGGAGAAAAAUGGGCAUUCCGAUGAUGUUACUAGAAGUCCAGAACUUCUCCAAGAGUUCCUGAAAUCGUGUCCCAAAAAGGAGCUUCUUCGAACCCUUGCUGACAAAGAGAAGAAAAUUUUGGUAUCCGCGAAAAACAAAAUGACUGAACUUCGGAGGAUAAAUAAUAAGACAAUUAAGAAGCAAGAUACGAAAAAGGCUGCAUCUAGCCUCAACAAUCAGUCUUCAUCUAGAAAGCAACUCAGAAAGGCAGAAAAUCCUUCUCGUCUACCAAUAGUUACCGACCAGUCUUCGGAUUCUGGGCAUCCUAAUUCCUGGAUCUGUAAGAAUUCUGCUUGCAAAGCUGUUCUUUCAAUUGAUGACACUUUUUGCAAGAGAUGCUCUUGCUGUAUCUGUCACUUGUACGACGACAACAAGGACCCUAGUCUAUGGCUGGUAUGCACGACUGAAUCUGGUGAAGGAGAUUCAUGUGGGUUAUCUUGUCACAUUGAGUGUGCCAUUCAACGUGAAAAGGUUGGGGUUGUUGAUCUUGGGCAAUUGAUGCAACUUGAUGGCAGUUAUUGUUGUGCUUCUUGUGGUAAAGUCACCGGGAUACUUGGAUGUUGGAAGAAGCAGCUGACAAUAGCAAGGGAUGCCCGUCGGGUAGACGUACUUUGCUAUAGGAUCUACAUGAGUUACAGGCUCCUCGAUGAGACUUCAAGGUUCAAAGAAAUGCACGAAGUUAUAAAGGAUGCAAAAACCAGAUUAGAAGCGGAAGUUGGUCCGUUGAAUGGAAUUUCAGCCAAGAUGGCCCGUGGUAUAGUCAGUAGACUCUCGGUGGCGGGCGAUGUACAAUCACUUUGCUCACUGGCGAUUGAAAAGGCAGAUAAAUGGCUGGCCACUGCUUCUAAUGUGAAUCCUAAUUACAGAGAGGACUCUCUUCCGGCUGCUUGCAAGUUUUUGUUUGAAGAGACAACAUCUUCAUCAGUUGUAAUUAUUCUUGUUGAGCUGUCUAGUGCAUCAUCAAACAAUGUUAAAGGAUACAAACUUUGGUAUGGAAAAACUAGAGAAGAGACGCACUCGAAAGACCCCAUUUGUGUAUUUCCAAGAUCGCAACGCCGAAUCAUGAUAUCCAAUCUGAAACCAUGCACAGAAUACACCUUUAGAAUUAUCUCAUAUACUGAUAAUGGCGACUUGGGUCACUCUGAAGCAAGGUGCUUUACUAAGAGUGUGGAGAUAAUUCCCAAAAAUUCGAAUUUGGCAGCCAGUUCAAAUUGCAAACGAGAGCAUCCUCACAUUGAAGGAAGUUCUUGUAGCAAAAUGGGGCCUGACAACACCAAAGUUGUUGGUUCGCCAUCUCAGUUCAAGGUUCGAGAUCUUGAAAAGAUCCUGCAUCUUCCUUGUGAUCAAGAUCAGGGCUAUAAUGAAGGGUUUUGCAGUGCUGAUGCAGAAAAAUGCUGUGGAGUAGGCAAGGUGAUCAAACCUGAAACCCCAGAAGAACAGUUGCCUCAUCUUUCACGCAAUCUUGACUUGAACGUGGUCUCGGUGCCUGACUUAAAUGAAGAAGUAACUCCUCCGUUCGAGUCGUCGAGGGAUGAGGAUGAUGGAUGCACUCUGCAGCAGGUUGUUGAGGCAGAUGAUGAUGCUGCUUCCCAUGACAAGGAGAAGGAUGGUUUGGUGAGAUCACAUGGUAGCGGCGACUCUCAAACGUGGACGGGCGGGAGAAGAGGGGAUGCGUCUGCUGUCGAUUCUGGGGUGGCAUUGUGCAGAAAAAGGGGUACCAGCUCAAAUGAAGAGAUUCAUGACUGUGAUAGCACUCUGAUAAAUGGAUCUCCAUUCCGAAAUUCCAAUGGUUCUUGUUGCUUGGAUGAGAAUUUUGAAUAUUGUGUAAAGAUAAUCCGAUGGCUAGAAUGUGAAGGCUACAUAAAGCAGGAAUUCAGGUUGAAAUUGCUAACUUGGUACAGCUUAAGAUCAACCGAGCGCGAACGACGCGUAGUUAACUCCUUCAUUCAAACUCUCAUCGACGAUCCUAGCAGCCUGGCUGGACAGUUGGUGGAUUCAUUUUCUGAUAUCAUUUCCUGCAAGAGGCUGCGAAGCUGAUUCUGCAGAAGUAUUCUAGUAGGGACGGAAUAAGCGCAUCGCCUUCUAACGUAGAUGAUUGCUGUUGGCCACAUUGUAAAAGUUUCUCAAUUUACAUUGACCUCCUAUUGUUUGCCAUUCUUGUGCAGGUAUUUUUCUCCCUAUGGGAUUAUGCCGUGGGAAAAUUCUCCGAUUGCAUCGAUCGGCAUUCGUAGAAGCGAUCCAGGUGAUUGGAGGUAAUGCUUGGAGGCAUUUGUUUAUUUCUCAAAGACUCCAAUUGCAUUUGAAACAUUAUAAUUUAAUCAUGGAGGAUAUAUAUAUUAUUUACAAUCUGUUUGAUCGUUGCCUUUAAUUCAAGGGAGUACAUAAUAGUGAUCUUGAUUCUACCACAUGGCAGCUUUUGUUCUCUGUUUCUUUCUCUAUUCAUUG